AUGGCCGCCCCCUCGGCGCCCAUUGACAAGCGCGCUCCCAUCCUUGAGGCCCGCGCCGGCACCAAGGUUGUCCCCGGCAAGUACAUUGUCAAGCUCCGCGAGGGUGCUUCCGAUGAUGUCCUCGACAAGGCCGUGAAGAAGCUCGGCAACGGCAAGGCCGACCACGUCUACAAGCACGCCUUCCGUGGCUUCGCCGGCCGCAUCGAUGACAAGACCCUCGAUGAGAUCCGCUCCCUCCCUGACGUCGAGUACGUUGAGCAGGAGGCCGUCUUCACCAUCAACACCUACGUCUCCCAGAGCUCCGCUCCCUGGGGCAUCGCUCGUAUCUCCCAGAAGACCAAGGGCAAGACCACCUACACCUACGACAACUCCGCUGGUGCCGGUACUUGCGCCUACAUCAUCGACACCGGUAUUAACACUGCCCACACCGACUUCGGUGGCCGUGCUACCUGGCUCGCCAACUACGCCGGUGAUGGCCUCAACUCCGAUGGCAACGGCCACGGCACUCACGUCGCCGGUACCGUCGGUGGCACCACCUAUGGUGUUGCCAAGAAGACCAACCUCUACGCCGUCAAGGUCCUCGACUCCAACGGCUCCGGCUCCAACUCCGGUGUCAUUGCCGGCAUGAACUUUGUCGCCUCCGACUCCCAGACCCGCAACUGCCCCAACGGCACCGUCGCCAACAUGUCCCUCGGCGGCGGCUACUCCGCUUCCACCAACAGCGCCGCCGCCUCCCUGGUCAGGGCCGGUGUCUUCCUCGCCGUCGCCGCCGGCAACGACGGUGCCAACGCCGCCAACUACUCCCCCGCUUCCGAGCCCACCGUCUGCACUGUCGGUGCCACCACCUCGGCUGAUGCCAUUGCCUCUUACUCCAACUACGGUACCCUCGUCGACAUCUUCGCCCCCGGCUCUUCCAUCCUCUCCGCCUGGAUCGGCUCCACCACCGCCACCAACACCAUCUCCGGUACUUCCAUGGCUACCCCCCACAUCACCGGUCUCGGUGCCUACCUCCUCACCCUCCUCGGCAAGAAGACCCCCGCUGCUCUCUGCUCCUACAUUGCCAGCACCGCCAACUCUGGCAUCAUCUCCGGCAUUCCCUCCGGUACCGUCAACAAGCUUGCUUUCAACGGCAACCCCUCCGCUUCUUAA